AUGAGGACGGAUGGAGCUGUCUCAGACGAGUCAGACGAGGUCAUCAACAGGGCUGAAGAGUCGAAUGUGCACCCGACACAAGAUCAUGAUGCUGUCGCCGAGGAUGCCACCAGCGAGGCUCCGCAAGCGUCACAGCAUCAUUCCCUGAAACAUCACCUUCUCGGACCAUCUCUUACCAAGGCCGGCCAGGAUGCGGUAGACCAGAAGAAAGUCUCGGAGGUGAUUUACGAGGCGUCAAAAGGUUCCAAGUUCUUCAACAAUGAAGAAAGCAAAGACAAGACACUCACCACCAAGAUUGAGCGAAUUUUGAAGCGAAAAGCUCAGCUGGAAAAGUUGGACCUCAAGGCAGAUCUUCGCCGUGCGGACGACUACAUUGCGACGCUUGAAUUAUCGCGAGACCUAUCCCAGACGAUUGUCCACAUCGAUUGCGACGCAUUCUAUGCCGCUGUGGAAGAGCUCGACCAUCCUGAGCUCAAGGACGUACCAUUCGCGGUUGGACAAGGUGUGCUUACGACCUGCAAUUACCAUGCUCGCAAGUUCGGCUGCCGGAGUGCGAUGGCCGGAUUCGUAGCCAAAAAGCUGUGUCCCCAGCUGAUCUGUCUGCCGCUGAACUUCGACAAGUAUACUGCAAAGGCCAAGGAAGUGCGCGCGAUUCUUGCUGCCUAUGACCCACGCUUCGAGAGCUCUAGCAUCGACGAAGCAUAUCUCAAUAUCACCGAGUACUGCUCGACUUAUGAUAUUGCUCCUGAAGCAGCCAUUGCUCAACUGAGAGCUGAAGUGCAGGAGAAAUGCAAGAUCACAAUCUCUGCUGGUAUCGCCUGUAAUGCCAAGAUUGCGAAAAUCUGCUCCAAUAAGAACAAACCCAACGGUCAGUUCUGUGUCCCAAGCGAUCGUACGGCGAUCAUGACCUUCAUGUCGACCUUGCCGGUUCGGAAGGUCAAUGGUGUUGGAAGAGUCUUUGAAAGAGAGCUUGAUGCCAUCGGUGUGAGGACGUGUGGCGAGAUCUACUCUCAACGAGCAUACCUCUACAAGCUAUUUGGUGAGAAGGCGUUCCAAUUCCUGAUUCAGACAUAUCUGGGCCUGGGCAGGACGGAUGUACGGCCCUCUGAUGAGUAUGAACGCAAAAGCGUAGGGACAGAGAGUACUUUCAGAGAUAUCAGUACUAAAUCCGAAUUAAGGGAGAAACUCAGGCAUACUGCUGAGGAACUGGAGAAGGACAUGUUGAGGGUAGGGUUUAAAGGGAGAACAUUGGUACUGAAGAUCAAGCUUCACACCUACGAGGUUUUUACUCGACAGUUGACAACUCCAAAGGCGGUACACACUGCUGAUGACCUCUACAACUACUCCCUACCAAUGCUGGCUAAACUGGAAAAGGAAAUGCCCAAUAUGAAACUACGGUUGAUGGGCUUGAGGUGUACGCACCUUGUCAGCACGAAGAAAGAGGUUGGCAACUUUUUCGGUCCAGCACCUAAGCAGUCAUCCAGUGCAGAGGAUAACUUGGAUGACGAUGGCUGGCAAGUCUUCCCAGAGGUUGAAUUCGAAGAAUCUGCCCGUCAAGAACGACUAAAUGAAAUGGAUGAACUGGAGCGGUUGAGUCAAGAGCAGACUGAACACCAAAGCCCUGAACCCAACAAUAUUGAUUUUCAUGAACCUUUUGGCCGCUACAAAACCAAUCAUCUCCGCAACUCGGCUGCAAAGAUGAAGAAGUCACCAACGACCGUGGUCCAGCAAACGGAAACCUGGAGUUGCCCUAUCUGUGCGCUUCCUCAGCCUGCGGACAACAACAAUGCGUUUAAUUCUCAUGUUGACUUCUGUCUUUCGAAGCAAACGAUCAAAGAAGCUGUUGCUGGACACAGUACCCUGGAUCCACGCAGGGAAUAUUCAUCAUACGACAGUAGUGGUGGUGGUGGUGGUGGUGAUGCAGGUGCCAACCAGCAAAGACCUAGAAAGAGGAAAGCGCUUGCUUCCAAAAGCUCACUCAUUGCCGAUGAUAGGCAGAAAAGAUUGUUCUUCACGUGA